AUGGACUCUUCAACUCUUCUUGACUAUGCUCUCUUUCAACUCACCCCAACUCGAACCAGGUGUGAUCUGGUUCUCUUCUAUGGAGGCAAGAAUGAGAAACUGGCUUCUGGUUUAUUUGAACCAUUCAUCUCACACCUUAAAUUUAUUAAAGAUCAGAUUUCCAAAGGUGGGUACUCCAUCAAACUCUGCCCACCAACCAACAAUGCUCCUUGGUUCACCAAAGGUACUUUUGAGAGAUUUGUUCGAUUUGUUAGCACACCAGCAGUACUUGAGAGAUUUGUCAGUCUAGAAAGAGAAAUCUUGCAGAUUGAGGAGAGUUCAGUUCAAGCCAAUGAAUUGUCAAACACAAAUGUAGCUCGACAACUGGAGGAAGGGAGUAGACCAGCUGCCAAUGCUAUCACAAGGAAGUCGAGUGAUUCCUCUAAGCUAAAAGAUGAACUCGAGAAAAGUGAUCAUGCUGUACCAGAAGAAAACUCCAAGAUUCAAUUUCAACGGCUUUUGGAAGCUCGAAAAACAUUGCUUCGCAAAGAGCAAGCUAUGGCUUAUGCCCGUGGCCUUGUUGCUGGAUUUGAAGUGGACAACAUAUAUGAUCUCAUCUCCUUCGCAGAUGCUUUUGGAGCUUCCCGGUUAAAGGAAGCAUGCAACAAUUUCAAGGAAUUAUGCAAGGAAAAGCAUGGGGAUGGUCUAUGGAUGGAGGAAUUAGCAGCAAUGGAGGCAUGCCCUCCAUCAGAGCUGUCAUUUUUGGGAACAUCAGGAAUUGUACUUGCAAAUGAAAUUAGUGCCCUUAAUCAGAAUGUUAUGCUAAAUUUGACAAACAAUGGGGUAUCUACUGGUGAUUUUGUGCCCAAUGGAUCUUCAGAUGCAUCAAGAUCUGAUUCAACCGCAGACAGCAAAAAGGAUGGUAGCAUGGCAACAUCUGACCAGAUACCAUCAACUGCUGCCAAAGUUCAAGCACCAAUGCAGUGGCCAAACCAGAUACCUCCAUAUAUGUACAACUUCCAAGGCCCUAUUCCACAAUUUCCUCCAUAUCAAGGAUAUCCUUUCCCUACCAUGCAGCCUAUUCCUCCUCAUUAUCCAAGAAAUAUGCAGUGGCCUUCUAGCAUGAAAGAUUUUAGUCCAGCAAAAAUGGAUAAAUCUAAGAACAAAAAGGGAUAUGGAUAUUUAGGAGAAGAUAGACAAACAGAGUCGAAUGACUCUGAGGUAAGGACUGAUUCAGAUUCCCAUACAGAUCAGGACGAAAAGCACUCUUAUACGGAUGUUCCAUACAGGAAGAAUCACAGGAAGAAAUCCUCUAAGACUGUUGUCAUCCGAAACAUUAACUACAUCACCCCCAAGAGAAGAAAUGAAGGAAGUGGUAGUUUUUCUGAUGAAACUUCUUCAGAUGAUGAUGAGUUCAUUGAUGAAGAUUCCAUCAAACAGAAUGUAGAUGAUGCAGUUGGAUCAUUGGAGAAAUUGCGCAAGUCAAGUUCAAGUUCACAUAGAAGAAAAGGUUCAAAGAAGAACAACCACAAGUCAAAUGGAUCAAGUGAUGCUCUCGACCCAGAUUUUGUUGAUGCCCUUGUUUCAAAUGCAUCCAAGGGAGGAAGGAAAGAUGAGAAUUGGGAUGCUUUCCAGAGCCUUCUGAUGAAAGAUGAUGAUGUAGUUGUUAAUGUAGUAGAAAAUUGGCAGCCAGUGGAUGUUCGGGAAGAGCAUUUCAUAGUCAGUAGUGCUGGAGAUGGAACUUCAUUAGGGAAUCCCGGUAUGGACUUGGGACCAGAGAAAGUACUGAACAGAAGGAUGGCUGCAGGCGAUUCCUUUGUUGUGAGUCAGAGGGAUGGUGAACAUGAGGAUAGAGUUGGGCUGGAAGAUAUGGAAAAUGCUGAGAGUUUCCGACCAAUCAUGAAGAGAAGGGACUUGACUGAUGAAGAUUUGGUAAUUUCACGAAGAUUAGAAGAAUCAGGAAGUGGCCUUGGGGGUAUCUUAUCUCGUGCUAGUGAGCCGUCCAUAAUCAAACCUGGAAAAGGAGAUGAUUGGUUUGUUAUCAAUCACUCGGGGAAACCAGAAAACCAGGAUGCAGCCAAUUACAUGGUGUCACUAGAGGGUGAUUCUUCAAACGCCAAGUCGAGUAGAAAAGAUGUCCUUGUUGACGAUUCUUUCAUGGUUCAUGCUCGAUCAGCUGUGGAUGAUCUAUAUGAAUCUCAGUGGAAAACUGACAUAAGCAUGGCUGCAGAUCUAACUUUAUCUUCCCAGCCAGAAAAUGGCACCGCAGAACAUAAUCAUGAAGUGCUGGAUGCCUAUGAACCGAAUGACCUUUGUGUGGUCCUUGAACGGGAUUCUGGAUUUGAAUCUACAAGGGAAUCCUGGAGUACAGACCAGGGAAUUGACAUAUCAUUCAUGGAAGCUCACAGGAGUUCAAAUGUUGAAUCUGGUGAUCAAACUGAUGAGAAGCUUCCUUCAAAGAGUGACAAGACCCUUCUCAAGAAAAAUGGAAUUAAUGGGAGAAAAGUUCCAGAAGUGAGGUCUAAAAUUGUGCAAGGAUCCCUUGGUAGUAGCAGAACUGAGAUGAUAUCCAAAAGCAAGAAAUCAUCACUUGUCAGUAGGUCCACAGUUCAGAAGAGCAAGCAAGAGAAGGAAGAAGAGAUUAGGAAGAAAAUGGAAGAGUUAACGAUUCAACGCCAAAAAAGAAUUGCUGAAAGAACCGCAGCAGCUGGUGGUGCUCCGGCAGCAACCAAGAGAGCAUCAUUGGAGAGCAAAACAGUGAAAAGUUCAGCAAAGUCUGACAAGAAUAAAAUCAUUCCUAGAACGGGGAGACAAACAAGAUAA